AUGACUGCCAAUACGGAUAAUAAGCAAGUGGUGAUCGUUUCUAAAGACGACCCCAAUACCAUCACUGCGGCUACGCCCUAUUUAUAUCCCAGGGUGCAAUCUUCCUGGAUGACACAAUUCAGGGGUGGUGUAUUUCCCGGCAGCACACACCUGGUGCUGAUAACGGAAGAAAUGAUGAAUAAAAUGGGUGUUUAUACCCGUGGUGCAUCCGACAAAGCUUACCGGGAGUAUGAACAGGUGGUUCAUGAGAUGGCGCAUUCCAUCGAUGUUAUUUGUAAUCUGCAGACCAGUCAGCAUGUGCGUGCCAAUGGUAGCGCGGAAUGGUUUGCCGGUAUUACCCAGGGUUGGUUCAACAGUCUUCAUUCAGAUGGUGCCGGAUAUCACAGAGGCAGGCAUGUUGUCGAUGAUAAGAACUACCUGGUUACGGUAUUUAAUGAGCUUAACACCUGGCAGCCCCCAAGAAACCUGCGUGGCGACGAUCCGACAACCUUACCGCCUUGUGCUGCAUCGUCUAUCUUAUAUGUUGAUGCCGGCAAAGCAACAACGGGGGAUGGUAAUUCGUGGAAUACCGCAUUUAAAACUUUAGAAGAAGCACUGGCAUUGGCUCAUACGUGCAAUGUGAGCGAGAUAAGAGUAGCUGGUGGCACUUAUUACCCAGGCAAUACGCAUGGCAGCACUGACCCGCGGGAUGCUACGUUUGCCAUUAUGCGCUCCAAGUUAAGGAUCACAGGAGGCUACAAUCCUGCUACCGCAACAGACAGCACCAUCAUCGACGGCUUUAUUAUUACUCAGGGAAAUGCCAAUGGAAGUGAUCCGCUGAAUAUAAACGGAACUCCUUUUUAUCAAAACAAUGGGGGCGGUAUCCAUAUUAAUAAUGUAUCGUCCAACAGUGUUAUCCGGAAUUGUUUUAUUGUUGAAAAUAAUGGAAAUGACGGAGGCGGUUUUUCUAUACACAAUGCUACGCCAACGGUCAUCAAUACGGUGAUUGCCAAUAAUGUGGCAAGCUACGGUGGUGGAACAUUGCUCUACAACGCCGCCGCAACUUUUAUUAAUUGUACCGUUUCCGGGAACCAGGGAAAUGAGGCCGGCUUUUCCAAUUUGGUUCCGGCUACCCCGGCUACGCUUAUCAAUGUUAUUGAAUGGGGUAACGCAUCAAACUUAAGCAGCAGUGGUUACAAUGUUACGUACAGUACUAUUCAAGGCAGUGCUGUCUAUGCCGGAACAGGUAACGCAAACAGCAAUCCCAAUUUUGUAAAUAACGGGAAUGCCAAAGGUGCAGACAAUAUCUGGGGGACGGCAGACGAUGGUUUAAUAUUACAAGUAGGCUCCCCCGCAAUCAAUACCGGCAAUAAUACCGUCAGCCUGGGAACAACUAUGGAUGUUUCGGGGAAAACAAGAAUUCAAAACAGUACGAUCGAUAAAGGUGCUUACGAGUACCAGGCAAGCCCUGUCAUCCCGGCGCUGCCCACAGCAAAUGAUCCGCAGAUUUUUUGUGGUGCAGCUGCAGUAGGUGAUCUGGCAGCUACCGGAACCAACCUUCAGUGUGAAAAUGCAUUUCACAUAGUGAUAUGUGCCGGUGAAAUGGGAACAGCUGUUUUAGAUGGUUUUACGAUCACCGGCGGCGCUGCAGACACAACUGCCAAUCGGAAUGUGGCAGUGAAUGGCAAGCAGAUCUCUUCUCAAAGAGGCGGAGGUAUCUAUCUGAUUGAUGCAUCACCCAGGCUCAGCAAUCUUAUUAUAGAGCAUAACAUUGCAGGUGCCGAAGGGGGAGGGAUCAAUGUUGCCAGUUCAAGCGCCGUACUUCAAAAUGUAUCGGUUAAUACAAACCGGGGCGGGGCGAUCAUGAUACGUAAUGGAGCUAACACCCAUCAUAUGAGGGCCGACAGGUUAACGGUACGUGGUAACUAUGGCGGAAUAGGUGGUAUAGGACUUAUCGUCGGCACCGUUACAUUGGCUAAUUCGCUGAUUGUAAAAAAUGCUGCGCCUACCAACAGUGGUGCCCUGAGUGUCAGUGUGGGCGCCUAUGUACUUAUGAACACCACCAUCUCAGACAACCGCAGUGGUACUGGCAAUGUCAAUGUUGUCUAUGCUAUAUCCAACAGUAGUUUAACUAUUAUUAACUCAAUAAUCAAUAACUCUGUUACAUUGCAAAGCGGCAGUACCGCUCAAAGACACAAUAGCUUAGUCCAAAGCUUUACGGGGGUCAACACGAACAAUGGUACUAAUACCAAUAAUAUUCCGGGCAACACAAAUCCUUUAUUUGUAGAUUCAGCAGCCAAUAACUACCGCCUGCAGGACUGCAGCCCGCUCAUCAAUGCCGGUGAUAAUAGUCUGGUGCCGGAUAGUUUACAAUAUGAUCAUGCGGGCAAUAACAGAUGGUACCGGAAUGGCCGGGUGGAUAUCGGCGCUUUCGAAAAAUCAACCCAUAUUUUACCGGAUGCAAUACUCAACGACAGUACCAGCAAUACACAGGUACAAUCGUCGAAUGGUACCCAGGAAUACUUUGGUAGCUGUAACCAAAUACUGGCAAGCGUAACGGGCGAUGGUAGUAGCAGUGCCGUUAGUGGAAACGUAAAGGUAACUGUCUGGCUGUCCAAUCGUCAACUGGUGGAUCAUGUCAGGAGAUAUUACCAGAUCAUGCCCGCCGUUAAUGCAGGGGCAGCAACGGGAAGGGUAACGCUUUACUAUACCCAGGCCGAUUUUGAUGCGUUUAAUAAUGUCAAUUCACGCAAGCUGCCACAACAUCCUUCGGAUAAUGCAGGGAAGGCAAACUUAAUUGUGGAGAAGAUCAGCGGCACCAGUGAUGAUAAUUCCGGCAAACCGGGCAGCUAUCACGAUUUUGGAACAACAGGUUCGGAUGCCCGCUUCCUGGUGGUGCCAUCAGGAAAGCCAUAUGCUGCAAACGGAACAAAUAGCACCCUGUUUACAGCACAGCUUAGUAAGAAUGUUAGCGGAUAUGCCGACAUCAUCGGGUUUGGUGCUACUACCACUACCGCUUCCCUGGUAAAUGCAAAUGUGCCUGUGUAUACCCGAUUGGGAGACAAGGUUGUGAUAUAUCCAUAUACCAGCUCGGCAACACUUCCUGCUGUUGUUGCUAAUAAACUAUAUCUGAAUGAUGUGUCAUUUACGGUAGCCAGUGCUGGUAUCAAAUAUGGACAAAAUGGGCAGACUGUUACUAUUGCUUCCACGGUAACUGCGGGCAAUGUGCAGCAUGCAAGCGGCAGUAUUCUGGGAUCUCAGCCUGAAACCAGGAACGGUUUUAUUGGCGAGGUAAUAGCAUACGAACGCGAUCUUAGCGAGGCAGAAAAGCAGCGGGUUCGCAGCUAUGUAGCCAUUAAAUACGGAAUUACAUUACCCCAUAAUUAUAUCGCAAGCAACGGUACCACUGAGUUUUGGAAUAUUACUACAAAUACCGGAUACAAUAAUAAUAUAGCUGGUAUCGCCCGGGAUGAUGAUGGCUCAUUGUACCAAAAACAAUCAAAAAGCAUUGAAAAUGUGAAUAAUGUGCUGGUCGGUCUUGGGCCGUUCGCCACUAGUAAUGCCGCAAACGCUGCUACACUCAGCAACGGACAAUCUGUUCUUUGGGGAGAUAACGGCCUCGCCAAAUCUUUAUCGAUACCCUUUACAGGGGUACCUGCUCAGAACCUGCGUUUUGCCGCCAUCUGGAAAGUACAGAAUACCGGUACGGCACCAGGUGGGGUUACAAACAAUCUUAGCUACUGGUACAGGGCGGAUAAACUUGUUGAAGCAACCGGCGUUGGCGCUGAUGUGACUGCAUGGACUGAUUUUACAUCCGGAGUAACAUCCGCACAAUUGGGCGACAAUACUGAUUUGCCGGUUUUGGCUCAGGGAAGCAGCACUUAUUUCAAUUAUAAUCCCGGAAUCAAUUUUACAGCUGUUACCCAGGGACUUGGAAACAUUAAUGUGCAAACCGUCACCAGUUUAAAUUAUGACAUUUUCACUUUAACGAAAGAAGGACUGGCUCCUGGUGGUAACGGUAGAGUUUUUAGCUCACUGGUAAUGGUAGUGAUAAUGCCGGAUUUACAGGCAAUUUAG